GAUUCGCUUCAUAGUCAAAAAUCUCGAUAUGGAUGUACUGGCCGCUUACGAAUCCGACAGCGGCCAAAGUUCUGACUUGUUCGAGAGCGAAGCGGUAGCCCCCCAACCCUCGACGGCCUCAGGAAGCGGUAUUGGGCAUAAAGCGGGCCCAAAGGGGGUCGUGGAUCCAUUGAAAGGCUCUACGCGCAGUGAAACUUUUUCGUCGUCUACGAACAUUGAGAAUCGAAAAGUCGGUGAUAACCCGUCGAUCGUAUGUUGGAACAAAAACUACAUUGCCGAAAGGCGCGAAGGCUGGGAACGUAAUAGAUCAAUUCAAUCAGAUAGUUUUGUGAAAGUCGCGGAGGCGAUUGGAGAGACUUCCAGUUGGGUGGAGAAUUUGAAACAGCAAAACGAUUUUUACAACCCACACUUUUUUGAUACAGUCGUUGACCGAUAUCAAAUCAAGCAUACCUUUGGGACGAAUUUACCGUCCCCGUCUACGUUCGGCAGCUGGGAGUCCAAUGUGUUUCAUCUGGAGGAGCAGGCACGUCUUCGAGAACAGCAAGAGCGGUAAUUCCCGGCAGUAAUUCCGAGGUGGCUUCUGGUCCUCCGCAAUUCGAUUGACCCCAAAUUUGGACGAUUGAUGAAAUUUGAUCCAACAUGCACAACACUCUAAUUUGCGCUGGAAAAGACCUUUGGACAAGACAUAGCCGCAAGCGCAUAUUCGAGCAGAGUAGGCUACAAAACGGGGUCUUGUACUUACUAUCCUCUAGGCUUAAUCAUUGCGUUCCUAAGAAUUAUGCAUGCCACACGUUUGUUGCG